AUGCGCCUCGACUCUUGUCAGCUUAUCACCAACGAGCUAACCUAUGAGCGAAGUGGCGGAGCCGAAUGCCUGGGUAUUCCCAAGCGUAUUCGAGUUCCGCAUUUGACCGGUCGGACUUCGAAAAGCAGCGGUCGAGGCGACCGCGUUCCUCUCCGUCUUUCUGCACUCUCCGUCUCGUCUUCUUCGCUAUCGUCGCUCUGGAUGUCCACUAUGCUUUGUUAUUCUCUUUUGUUUUUCACUCUAUUCGUUUCGACUUUUGCAAUCUUCCCGAAUCCUUAUUCGAACUCGGAUCAGGCUUCAGCGGCACCCGCGGGGCCUGAUCGAGACGCGGUGUUACGAGCGUUGGGAGAAGCGGUUGCGGGGAAUCAAGAGCAGUCGUUGUGGUUGUUUGGAUAUCAUGACUUCAUGUACGUACCCCUCGUUGAGGAGAUGGGAUCAGUAACGGUCGUUUCGACUACACUGGAUCUCGAGGCAGUCAGGGAGUUGUUGAGAGGAACGCCCGUGUCCUACAUGGAUGGAAACGGGGUAUACCGAUUCCCAAGGAGUUGGUAUGAUCCUGCUCGUCCUUGGGAAGCCUUUAGGGCGUGGCCUAGGAGUGUCCAGGAGGCGGACAGGGCGUUAGGAGAAGAGUUUGCGAGAGACGGAGCCCCUCGUUGGAUGGUCUCGGAGACGGAGAGAUCCGAUAGCGAUAACGCGCCAUACGUUUUCUUACCCCCCGCGGCGAUCCAGAGUCUCACUACGCGCAUAAAUCGAUAUUCACACAUCGUACACGCGUUAGCCUCGUAUUUCCGCCUUACGCAUCGGUUUCAAUUCGAUACUUUUACGCCUACCCUAUCGUUAAUCGGGAUUCCGCGCCCUCUCGACGUUCAAAACUACGCUAUCCAAGAAAUUUGGCGAAGGAUAUGGGAUUGGCAGGGCGUAAUCCGGUGGAUGUUGAUGAGCUCGGAGGGAAAUUGGUCUCGUUUACCUCUCUCCGAACUCCGGCUGCCUCACGAUUGGUUAACGUGGUUGAGGAAUGACCACGUUUUCGAAGCGGGGAAUUUGGGAACAGUAUUAAGGUUCCAACGGGACGCAGCUACUCCUUCGAUCAGUUGGCAUUUACGACGGAACGCGCCAAUCGAUUGGAUAUGGAAUGAAGAAACUCGACAAUUAUCAUUUCUUCGUCACCUCAGCCCGGAUAUGGUUCUCGCUCAAAUUCAAACCCCCUUUGAAUCACAUACCAUUCCCGGUAGUAGUCAGGAAUUAGAGGCACCCUCAAUUCCUGACGAGCAACCGCCGAUUACUGCUUCACCUCCUUUACGUCCAGAAUUACCUCGGAACCGUACGCGUCGAUGGACAGAAGGAAUCGAUAAGAAAAAGGAUUAUUGGGGUUAUUGGCUUUUCUCGAGGAAAGACGAUACCAAGAAGGGUACGGGGUAUCGUUAUGGUAAACCCUUCGGAUGGAAGAAGCGAAUUCUCGCUCAAGAAUUAGAAUUUGCACCGAACUUCCCUAGGCGAGGCCAAGCGUCUUGGAUUCUGGAUGAAUGGGAUGGGAUUUCAGAACCAAAUACUCCAAUCGAACAGUCUUUUUCCGACGAUCCCGAUUUCGACAUGAUUCCCCCGUUAAAUCUCACUUCAGACGGUAUACCAACAGGUGGCGGCCCCGCGCCCCCGUCUCCUCCUUCCAACCCAGUCCCUCUUCCGGUUGCGGAGCUUGAUCCCGUAAUCGACAGCAGUAGAGACUCGGACGAGGAAUUGUUGGAUUACGGAGAAUUCACGGAUGAGGAAGUCGACAGUGCGACUGUCCCUUUUGCAGGGAGUCGUUCGGAAGCUCCUGCAGUACCGAGUGAAUUGGAUAUCGCCAGCGGGCGGGUUGACGAGGAAAUCCUAGAGGAAAUUGAAGCGGAUCAAUUACGCAUGGCUCUUGAAGCUUCUCGUCAGUCCACAUCGGAGGCACCCUCGAUGGAGGUUGAGGAAGGAGUGGCGAGUACUUCUCGAGUGCGACUACCCUCAGGUCCGGGUAGAUCUCGUUCUCCGCCUCGUGAACCCCGUGCAUUUAGAGAUCGCAGACGGAUGGAUGAUGAGGAACGUACUUACCAAGGAAAAGGCAAGCAACGCGCUUCAAAUCGCGGGUCGUAUGCGAGUCGAGGACCGAGAGGUCCAUUCCGAUCUCGUGGGUACAGGCCGUAUCGAGCUCCUAUUCAAGAGUCGUCAUUUACGAACCCUCCCGAAGGUUUUGUUCAAGGAGCGCGGACUGUACACCGACUACCUCCUUCCAUCGUGCAUCAGGACUCUCUUCCUCCUAUUCCCCCUCCUCCUUCUCGUCCUCAUCAAGAACCUUUCCGCAUUUAUCUUCCUCCGGAAUCUGCUCAUCCCAGGACCAAUUUCUCGGCAACCAUGCCCAGCUGGGGUACAAGCGAGACAACAAUAGACGGUUGGAUGAAUAUGGUGGAAAACCAGAGUAAUUCGGGAUGGGGAGGUAAUAGCACAUGGGGUUCAGUACCGGAAAUAAACUCGUCCUCUGAAGAGAGGGUUAGCCGCGAAGAAGAAGAUCGGGUCUUGGAGGAACAAACUCGCCGGUUGGAUCUGCACCCGGAGGGUAACCGCAUAGACGAGGCUGCUGAGUGGCACCCACCAGUAGCUAGUUUACGGGAACGCCUGGGAAUCGAAAGCCAAAAUGUUUCUCUUCGACAGCGCAUUAAGGAUGGUCAUCUUCUCGGCGGACGAACUUUGGAGGACCGGCUAGAAGAUUCGAUACAGGAACCAGACAGAGUGCUCAGUCUUCCUGAAGCAGUACAGGAGGAAUUCGCUCAGCCGCGCUCUAAUUCGGAAUACUGGCCCUGGACGGGUAGCCUCGCGCGUCUCGAGGAAAUACGGAAUGUCAUUCGGGUGCGAACUACGGCAGAGAUUAUUCUUGAGCGAGGAGAACCACCGCGUGCUCUCAUAGUUCCUCAUCGCGUAACUCCUCUUCGUGAAGGGUUCCUAUACUUAAGCGCAUUGACCGCCAUACGCGCCGCUGAUUGGAGACAUCGUCACGGACCGAAUAGCUGGGAAGAGUUCUUGCUCCACGCCAUUGGGACUGGAAUUCCAUUUGAAUGGAGGGUGCCAACGGCGGACCUUAUUCCUGUCGCGGACGCGCCUGUUCCUCCUUCAUGGGUACACACAGAUCCAGUCACAGAAUGGUGGAAUCACGAACCAGGGAAUAUUAUGGCCAGUUAUCUGUGGGCUGUUCAGGAAGUGCUCAGCCGUCCGAAUGCCAUAAGAGCUCUACAUAGUGGAGGGCUUCUGUGGCGGAUUGCGGUCGAAUACGGAAGCAUGACUCUAAUGGAGGCUGCAGUACGAGGUCCGUCGGAUAUAGCUACAGUGUACCGGCGUGGCCGAACAUAUCCGCUACCAGUUCCUUCUACGACCGAUCAUCUCAGCGAGCAGGAAGUCAACGCGUUGGUAGGAAUGACGGAUAAUGGAACCAGUGUAUGGCCAUCCCUUACGGUUUUCGAGGGCCCUGGUAGCAUUAUGUGGGACGGGGAGUGGUCGUUGGAAACCGAACGAUGGUUUAGGCGUCGACUUAAUGCUCUACAAGGCGAGAGAGACGUAUUGCUACGGGAGAACCUUUGGUACAGGGAUAUCAUUCGGAGCGCGCGUACACCUCGACGUGAACCAAGUGGCACGGGCUCGGCCGUUUGGGCCGCCGACAUUGCUCGAGAUGUACCUCAUCUGGGUCGUUUAUAUCGAAUUCCUAUGGAUCCAAUCGUCGAGACUUCUGUAGAAGCGGACGCUCCUGUCGUGGAUGAAGAUCCGGAGGAAGAAGAGGCAGACGACCAGGACGACACAGCAACUUGA